AUGAACGCGGUCGCAUUUCUAACGGUAUUCGUGGUGUUGGCCACUGGCGAAAGGUGCAUCCGGUUUCUGAAGAAUCACAACGAAAAGAGAAUGUUUCAAAUGAUAGCGGGCCGUGUUUGGCGAUGGAACAGCGUCGUGGAAGAAUUCGAAGAGAUUCAAGCUGUAAAGUUGAACGGCAGUGUCGUGUGUAGCGUUAAAAUGGCAAGCGAUUUGCGAGGAGAAGUGAUCGUUGCUGCGACAGAUAUCGUACGUAUCAAGCAUCACUGCACAACAACAACGACCGAAGAGAACAACGAGAAUGUGAACGCGUUUCAGAUGCAUCCGUACGUAUUAGGAGGCUCGAAUGACAGCACAGUGACUGGUUUCAUCGGCGACAUAUGGACAACUUUGGAACAAUUCUUGGGAUUUGUAACGAUUUACCGAAAAGCAGGACCGUCGGCCAGCCAGACGCUGAUGAAUGGACAAGCUCACGCACUACUGGUAGCCACGGUGAUUUAUUCCGACACCUCCGGAUAUUACGCUUACAGUACUCCGAUUACUACAAUCUCAUACGCUCUUUUCGUCCAAUCCGAUGGAACGAGGGUUUUGCCAGAGUGGUACGUGAACGUCUUUAGCAGAGGACUGUGGCUAACCGUUCUGAUCUUCGUUCUGGGUACAGCUGCCGUCAUCGUAGGUGUACAUUAUCUGAAGAAAGUGACACAAGCAAAUUACGUAGAAUACGACGAUGAAUUUUCCUCGGCCUCUUUUAAUUUACUCGUGGUUCUAGGUAGCUUGAGUGGUCAAGGUUUACAAAAAAUACCAGCCUCUUGGCCGCUUCGACUGAUCGUUUUGUCCCACUUAAUAACCGGAAUGUUACUGUCAGACGGAUUUAGCAGUACACUUACCUCUUAUCUAGCGAUACGUGGAAACUAUCUGCCUUUAACCGGUCUCGAAGACGCGUUGCAAAAACGAAGUCAUUCCGUUUGCGUGAGAAACGAUAGCAGCGCCUAUAUUCGUUUUACGGUGGAUGGAUCUCCGAGAGGUGAAGUGAAGGAGGAGUGGAAAACUCUGGUGAACAGUUACUGUCCAGACAUGAGAAAUACUAGUGCAUUGGUUUCUCAACUUUGCACUCCUGGUUUCGCUUACUUGGAAGUUCCGGACGUGUUUUUACCUAUUUAUCAAAGGGUUCGACACAUCUGCCGUAUCGUAGAAACGGCCAAUCGUUACUGGACACUUAAAAUCUCUUUUCUGCAUGCCCGGUUUGCAAAGCAUCGCCACUUGAUAAACGUCUACUUGAUGCGACUACAUUCGGCUGGAAUCUUGAAAUACCUCGAAAGAAAAUGGAUGCCCAAGGGAAGGAAAAGGUCGGAUGUUGAUCGGUCGGUCUUUCAACCAGUCGAAUACGCUCACGUACAUCUACUGCUUUUAGGAUUCGUUUACACGACCAUUCUGAGCGUUUUCAUUUGCAUUCUGGAAAACAUUUGGCACACUAUAGAAAAGAAAGGACGAUCGAACUUUACUAGACCGUUCGUCGUUCCACCGAAUAGGUUUCGGGUGGAUCGUGUAAACGAGAAUUCGAAAUAA